UAAAAACGAUAUUGGAUAUUGGAUUUCGUCAACACAAUGAAAACGAAAUGCUCUCCUUUCAUCGAAUUGACAUCCCGAUGUGCAUAAGAAAUGAAAUAAUUCAUUGGAAAAUGUCAAUUGUGAUAGAAAAUGCUAAAUUAUUCUAAUUUUUGAAGUUUAUUUUUAGCGUAUAUGGUGAGAAGGGGGUUUAAUAUCGAGAUUACGGUCUUCAAUCCCGCAAUCACUCAAUACAUUCAGACAUUCUAAUUGGGAUUAAAAACGAUAGUAUUUGUGUAAAUGAUGAAAUAUUUGAGAUAUCACCAAUGUAUUUACCGAAAUUAAUAUUGUUGUAAAACUUCUGCUCUAAUAAUACUUAGUGUUUGACGAGUUGCAAAGUGAUACCGGUGUAGAAGACGUAAUAUUCGUAAAAUGGCAUAUUCACACGUUGCCGAAUUUGGUCACGAUGGGGUACUGUUAUCGCUUUUGAGUAAUUGCUUUCGCUAGUAAAUCUUAAAUAGACGUUAUGCACAACAAAAGCCUAUUUAAUGCGUCACAGUAUUUCAUGAUAACAAAAUAAUCAACGAAGUUUAGUGACGUAGUCAACUAAUGCCCGAGUCUAAGUGUUGGUGUGAUCAUGUAAUAGCCUUUUGAUACGAAAUGAUAACACAAGAAGAGUAAUGUAGUUUUCUCUUUAUUACCUAAUGAAACCUUUUGAGAUAGUGGUGUUAAACGCAGCGUAAUAAUAACAGAGUAUUUGUGAUAAAUGGUGUAUACGUUGCAUUGUGUACUUGAAGUGCCUAGACUACUAAUACAAGUCGUGUGCACAUAGAACCUACGUUUGCUAGGUUAUGUUUCGUUACUACAGUACGAGCACAUGUUUGACGGCUACUUUCUUAACAAUCUUGAAUAUUAAUCUUAAACGCAACUGAAACACUUUACACAAGGCUUGAUGACGCAUUGAGGAAGUAAUGAUAGUUUAAGACUGACGCAUUUCACAUAAGUAUUAAUACGUUGCCUAUCAUUCUCGUUAACUCUGCAAUGUCCCCAAAAUGAUAAGUAAAAGAGACAAAUUUAGUCGACAUAAAUGCAUAUAUUUGUAAGGAAACAAUAAUCAAUCAAGUUGAAAAUGACUCAAAAUAAACGAGUACAUAUAUACAAUAAAAAGAGUUAAUAACAAUCCAGUGAAAAAAUCGCAGUUGUAGAGUUUUUUAUAGCUGCAUCAUAGUCAUCAUAAAGUCCACCAAACACUCUAUCCGCAACAUCUGUGUCAGUUUGCCUCCGUUGUUAGUGGUGUUGGACCAGUCUUUGCAGUUUUCGUCACCACCAGUUCCGAUCGCAGAAACUGGAUGUGAACUUUCCAAGCAGAGAUUGAGAUUGUCUUCCUUCGAAUGCCUUCGGCCGUAUUGAGAAAUAUCUGAAGAUGUAUACAUAUCAGGUAAAUUAAUCUUACCUUUGGUGAACAAUUCCUAAUCUCAGCCACAGUGAAUAUGUUAACAAGGCAAGGAACAACCACAGAGUUGGUGAAAUUCUAUAUAUUAGUCGUCCAUAUAUUCCACGAUAGAUUUCAGGAAUCGUGUAACUUCCAAAUCACCUGUCACACUUUCUCUUCUAUAAAAAACAAAUAUUAUACAAGUGACUCUUAUCCAUCCGUUACAACUAACUAAAAGAGAUAAAAUCUUCAAACUUUGUACUUCUUUGAUUAAGUUACCCAGUAGUAUUCUGCUUGUUAGUGGAUCUAAUGCUUCUCACAUCUGUGAAAUUUAUAAGCAUGUUAACUUGUUCCCUUAAGCUAAAAAAUAUAAUGUCUAUCCGCUUUUAUUAUUGCUAUUUCAAAGCCCGCCUCAGUAACGUAAGGCACGUAUUAGCCGCAACGUUUACGCAAAGGAAAAUCUACCAAUCACAGUGUGCGUAAGUGACCUUCAAGUGCUCAGCCUCUCCGUAAGCCAUUUGUGCCGCUAUCCUCUAUCACAGGCUGCCAACGCGUUAUUGGUAGUAACUUCAUAUAAUGGCGCUUGUCCGUUCUGUAUGUUCAACUCGACCCUUUCAAAUGAGAUGUCCAUUACAUUGUAUCUAUCGUCAGUUCUCAGUUGUUCCGCAUAUUGUUUCGACAGAAUCAUCAAUCACUGACGAAGAACCUGACAUUCCUACUGAUAAACUAAAGGUAUUUAGUGCAUCAUAUAUAAAUUCAGUGUUAUUACUUGGAACAGUUAUGGGAUUGAAGAUGUUCCCGAUGCAAAGCAAUCCAGAUCGCAACUGGGCAUUGUUAUUCUUGAGAACACGAAUGUCAAAACUUGUGCCUGUUUUAGAUACGCAUCCAACUGAUGACACUUUAACAAAUGACUCUUCAGUGACGUUCAGAAAGGUUCCCCUCAGUUCAUCGAAUAGAAUCCACGUUUUCAGCCCUAGAUUGGUUAGUGGUCUUAGAGAUAUCAAGCCUGGGGAACGUCUAUUAGUAAGUGGAUUCCUGUCCUACUAUCAAUCAUCAAAACUUGAUGGAAAGACAAACAAACAGUGCUGCGUAACGGCUCAGCGUAUCGCCCAUAUGGGAUGGUCUUCUGAUUACGAACCUGAUAAAACUCUAGAAGAAGUCCUUGAGACAUGAAAAACUACUUUCCAAAAAUACCGUCAACUAUUCCAGCAAAGAAAUCUGCAUUUUUAUCAGGUUUGACUUGGGAAUAGGGAAAAGUCUUGUUGGUGAGAAGGCUGAUUAAAUGUAAUCUUCUCUACUAACCUGGUGAAAAUCUGGAUCCGAAAUCAAAAUGAAUUCAUCGUCAAUCAUCCUCACCAUAAUCACGUUGGAAUCUAAAUAUUUGCAUCAUUUGAUAUUUUUCAGUUCUUUCUGUCCCUGACAUAUUUUUUCAGAGAAUUAAUAACUUAUUAUGCAUAAAUUGUCUGGCAUUUUUGUACAUAAGCAUUGUCUAAGUAUUGAAAUAAAACUAUUGAGUUAAUU